AUGAGCGCAUCUGAACAUGUUGAGCCCUCAGCCGGCGCCGACCAGCACAAGAACUCUCAAGAUGCUGGUAAGCGGAGAGAGAGUUUCAGCUCUCAGAACUCGCAAACAGCCAAAGAAUUCAUCGAAUCGCAAAUGCGUCUUGAGGCCGCCGCCCGCGAGAUCCUACCAUACUCCUUUGACGCCUGCACACAAGCCCUAGGACCUCUGCGACAGACUCUGUUUGCCUGCCUCACAUGCAACCCUCCCUCCGAUAAGCCAGAUGCAGCACACACUUCCGCAGGCGUCUGCUAUUCCUGCUCUAUCGCUUGCCACGGCGAGCAUACACUCGUCGAGCUAUUCAGUAAGAGAAACUUUGUCUGCGACUGUGGAACAACGCGCGUGUCGUCCGGCCUACCCUGUACGCUUCGAAAUGACCCUGAGACCGGUGCAAAGGUAGUUCGGGCUCAGGAGCCAGCGCCAGAGAACAAAUACAACCACAAUUUUCAAAACAAGUUCUGCGGCUGCGGUGAGGACUACAAUGCUUUUGAAGAGAAGGGAACAAUGUUCCAGUGUCUUGGGCUAGGUACGGUCGAAACCGGUGGUUGUGGUGAGGAUUGGUGGCAUCCGGAGUGCCUGAUCGGCUUACCAAGGAACUGGUAUAAGAAAGCGAAAGCUGCGACAGAUGAUGUCGAAGCCGCGAAGGAGGAUGAAAACGACGAUGAGGAUACACCUCUGCCCCCCGGAUUCCCGGCUGAAGAUGACUUCGAAACAUUCUUGUGUUACAAGUGUGUCGAAUCAAAUCCGUGGUUGAAGCGAUAUGCAGGAACUCCAGGGUUCCUUCCAGCAGUCUACAAGGAUGGCGGUCUGUCAAAAGUCUCCGAAGAGGAGCGCACAGGCGCAGACCCUUUGAAUGCGUCUUCUAAUCAAUUGGCCAACACCAAGAAACGUAAGGCCGAUGAGGAUGACACGACAGAGGCAAAGGAGACAGUCGAACUAGCUGCAAAGCGGACAAAAUCAGAAGUCGAUGGCGAACAAAGCUUUACAGAAUCAAAAUCAGAGACUACCCAGGCCGAACCCGCCAAACCCAAGCACGAAUCCCUACCUAACCCACCCCCAUCCGGAACAUUCUCCCUUUUCCUCAAAGAAGACUUCCGCGAGCACUUCUGCCGCUGCCCAGAAUGUUACCCCAACCUAGCCAAAUACCCUCAACUCCGUGAAGAGGAGGAAACAUAUGAGCCCCCUCUCUCGGAGGAUGGCGAUGCCAACGGCGGAGGCAGCACCGGAACGGGCAGCAUCUACGAGCGCGGCGAGGCAGCCCUUAGUAACAUCGACCGUGUCCGGGCUAUCGAGGGUGCAAUGGUGUACAACCACCUCCGUGAUAAAGUGAAGGAGUUCCUAAAACCCUUUGCGGAGUCCGGCACGGCGGUCAGUGCGGAGGAUAUUAAGGCCUACUUUGAGAAAUUGCGUGGCGAUGAGAAGCCGAUCAAGGAUGCUGCUGCUGGUCAGGCCUCCGCUUCUUCCGGGAAUGGAGGCAAUGAGAAGGACGAGGGAGGAGAUGGUCGGAAAGAACAAAGUGGUAUGUUACGCUUGAGAAUAUAUGUUGCCUCAGGCCUUUUCUGA